AUGGGUUGGACAAAGUUAUCCCUCGUGCAGUUAUCCGCACAUUAUUUUUGCCAAAUCUGUUUGAGAGGAGAAACUGUCGCUAGUGCGACAGCACUUGUAAACAGCACCGGCGCAACUUGCGGGGCGUAUCGUUUCAAGGUGUAUGCAGAUAAAAUCAACUCCAUAGGCGCGAGGUGCAUUGAGGUUGGUGACGUUAGGGUGCAACUUUUCAAUAUGUGUUCUUCCAUAGAGGUACACUCCAUGUGGCAUGAGAUCUCGAAAUCACCCAUCUUGGCUCAUUCGGCUUUCACCCCCAUCUUGGCCGCGUAUUUCUAG